AUGUGGAGCUACAAGUUUGUUGGGACCUUCGGCCUGGGGUGCUUGCUCAGCUACAAGGCUUGGAAGUUCUUCGGGAUUGGGGAGCUGAUCGACGACAGCCUGAAUGCGCUGAGGUCGGCUUCAGAGACUGCUGAGAGGGUGACUGACACCUAUGACAAUUUUGCUGAGCGCUGGGAAGAGGGAGGUUUUGAUUCGAUGAUCCUUGGCGGCCUGGCGGUGGCCUUCGUCGCCAUGCUGGUCUACUCCCUCGGAGGUUGUGAUAUGAAGAAGAAGCGUUUCAACGGAGAGGGUUUCGUCACCGACUCUGACAGUGAAGGUUUAGUUGACCUCGGCACGGCCGCCUCGGACACCGAUGAUGACGACGGGCUCAUGAGGCACCCUGGCAUGCGUAUGCUUCUGGAACAACAGGCGGAGCUUCAGAGCCAGAUCGCGAGGCUUUCGGCUAAGAAGACGAGUGACAGCAGCGACGAGGGUGACACGAGGUUCACGGCCGCGCAGGAGGACGAGUCAGUCAAGAUGGGUAUCGACAAGCUGAUGGCGAGGUUGAUGGCGCAUGAGAAACAAGUCUCGGAUGAUCAGGGUGGCGCUGGCGGGGCGGUGCGAGGUAAGGUGGUCUCAUCACUGGACGGGCUGAGCGCCUCGGCAGUGAAGAACUUCGUCUCGCAGGGUCAGCCAGGGAAGUCGGUCGACCACUACAUCCAGGAGCUGGAGCAGGAGGCCCGCGACCCGCGGACUGCCAUGCUGUCCCAGCUGAAGCAGUAUGAGACCGCGGACUGGAGCAUCGGGCCGUCGCAGUCUCGCAUCGCUCCCAUGGUCCUGGCCAGGAUGUAUAAGUUCGGGACGAGCGCCAAGUUCCAGGUCCAGCAGUAUGUUCGGUCGAAGGAGCUGGAGUCAUGCCAUGCUGCAAGCGAGAUGGCGCUGAUGGCCGCCAUCCUGGAUAGGAUGUUGAACGCCGACCAGGACAUGGUCAACAGCCAGGCGGUCGAGGUCAUCUGCAGGCGCCUGUACGGUCUCUUCCGUGCGUUCGAAUAUGUCAAGAAGCAGAGUGAUUGGAAGCAACCACGUGGUGAAGGUGGGAAACGCUGGAAGAGCAAGGUGCGGCGGGAGCUCGCAGACGAGUACGACGCGGUCGCGCUUGAGAGCGACGGCUGGGCCAUCGCAGACGCCGACGAGGAGGUCCGCAAGCGCUUGGAGCGGAAGGCUUUGUUCAACAAGUACCUUGACAAGGCCUUCCCCGACGGUGGCAAGGCAAGCGCGGAGCGUCGCCGCCUUUGCUUUGUGCUCUUCAAGUACCUGUUCAAGUUCGUGAUCUUGGUGACGGUCCUGAGCGACCUCUUUUGCGGCUUCGGCGUGGGCUCUGACCUGGAGGAGGAGAGCUCCAGCGCGGACAUCGGCUUGACGAUCAGGAGGGUCAACAGGUCGGUGAACGCCAUCUCGUGCAUGCACCGCGGGGUGCUGGACGGGAGGGAGGUGGCGCGGGGCCUCUGGAGUCGCUGGCGGGCCCGAGCAUCGUGGGGAAGUCUCGCCGACGGAGCGCCGGUUUUAAAGCAGCUGGCGUCGCGGGCCGUCGGAUGGUAUCAGGCGAAGGAGAAGGAGGGAGCGGCCGCGGGGCCGCAGCGUGGCGACAUGUGCCCUAUGAAGGUCAGCGAGGUGCCCCUCCCGCCGCCGGGGUCAGUGCCGAUCCCGAUCGAGACCAUGUCGCCGUCGAGUCGCCCGUGCCCAAGGGAGCCGAUAAGGACGAUGGUGCUCGGCGACCACGAGGUAGACUGGGCGGCUUGCGACGUGAUCAAGCCGCGCAGCGACCCCAGCCUGAAGCAGAAGCAGGUGAAGCUGGAGCUGCUGGAGAGGCUGGCCGAGUCGGGCAUGCUCGGGAUGUGCGACGAGGUGGUGGAGGAGGUAAAGGUUUUCACAGUCCUGAAGAAGAUCGACGAGAAGACGGGGCAGCGGAGCUCGAGGCUGAUUUGGGACAUGAGGAGGUCCAACAUGAGGUUCCGGAGUCCGCCCUGGGUCGCCAUGGGCUCGGCCGCGGCCCUCUGCGGGGUCGACUUGAGUUCGAGUGUGCGUGGGGGCCUGGAGGUGACCAGCUUCGUCGGGGAUGUGCCGGACUUCUUCAACAAUCUGCUCUUGCCGGAGGGUUUGUGGGGCUACUUCGGGUUCGAGGGCGUGUCUGGAGAGGAGUUGCGGGCGCAUCUGCCGAAGCGAGGGCGGCAGGGCCGAGUCGAGCAACUCGGAGGUGGAGUUCGAGUUUGUUUGCGGGCGCUGCCCAUGGGCUUCGCGUGGGCGGUCUUCUUUGCCCACUCGGCCCUGCAGGACGUGAUGGAGGGCGAAGGCGGGCUGAGCGUGGCAGGGAGGGUGCAGCAUGGCGUUCCCCCUCCCCAGUUCUAUCGCGAGUCGCUCUUGCACUGGAUCUUCAUCGACGACUACGCAGGGUUCCGUCUCGAGCCCAAGGACGUCGCGGUGGAGGAGCUUCAGGUGAAGAAGGACGGAGCGAGGGCCAGGCUGGCCCUGGAGGCGGUCGGGCUGUCAGCUCACAAGGAGGACGUCGGGCGGGGCCUCGAGCGCUCGCUGGGGGUCACCCUGGACGCGGACAGCAAGGUCUUGCAGGUGGUGGAGGAGAAGAUCCGCGUGGCGGUGCUGACUACGGAGGCGCUGCUGAAGCAGGACCGGGCCGUCCCCACGGCGGUCGAGUCGCUGAUGGGUGUCUGGGCGUGGAUCUUCACUUGUACGAGAGGGGCCAUGAGUGUGCCUCACAAUGUUUACAGGUGGAUCCAGGAGUACCGAGGCGAGCAGGAGGCCCCCUUGUUGGGCGAGGUCCUCGACGAGUUCUUUGUCAUG